UUUCUUUGUCAAGGAACAUUAAAAAAAAAAAAAAAAUCCUUUCUCUAACGAGUCCAAGCUAGUUAGCUUGAUGGUUUAUGAAGACUUUUCAGACAUCACUUCCCCUAUUCGAUCAUCCGAUCAUCACUCGUUCGGUCAAUUCGAUCGUUACCCCUCGGUCAUUCGACCGUUACCUGCUCGAUCAUUCGAUCGUUACUCGUUCGGUCAAUCCGAUCGUUACCCCCUCGGUCAUUCGACCGUUACCUACUCGAUCAUUUGAUCGUUACUCGUUCGGUUACUCGAUCGUUACUCGUUCGGUCACCCGAUCGCUACUCGUUCGGUUAUCCGAUCGUUACCCCUUGGUCAUUCGACCAUUACCUGCUCGAUCAUCUAAUCGUUACUCGUUUGGUCAAUCCGAUCGUUACCUCCUCAGUCAUUCGACUGUUACCUACUUGAGCAUUCGAUCUCUAUUCGUUCGGUUAUCCGAUCGCUACCCCUUCGGUCAUUCGACCGUUACUUGCUCGAUCAUUCGAUCGUUACCUUCGGUCAUUCGACCGUUACUUGCUCGAUCAUUCGAUCGUUACUCGUUCGGUCAUCCGAUCGUUACCCCUCGGUCAUUUGGCCGUUACCUGCUCGAUCAUUCGAUCGUUACUCGGUUACUUAACCGUUAUUGCUCAAGCCUGCUCGGUCGUUUGACUGUAGCUAUCCAUCUUGCUCGGUCGUUUGACCGUAGCUAUCCCUCUUGCUCGAACAUUUCUUCCCCUCACACCCAAACCAGCCGGCAGCCAUACGCCCACGCCCGCGCCUGUGCCCCGCGCCCUACGCCUUGCGUCCCGCGCACCUGCCUCGCACCAGAUCGCCUGCACUCUGCCCCUGCACACCCGAGCCAUCAUGCCCCCUACGCCCCUGCUGCUGCACCGAACCAGCCCUUGCCGUCUGCUGCGCCGAACCCACGUUGCUUGCACGCCUGCACUCUGCGCCGAACCCACGUUGCUUGCACGCCUGCACUCUGCGCCAGCAAUCAUGCCCUCUGCUCGCUACAGUACCUGCCAGAAAAUCUUCAUCAUUAUUGAUUGACAGAGCAAGGCCUCUUUUCAUUAUUUAUUAUUUAUUUUAUCUUUUAUUUUGGGUAUAUAUAUAGGAAAAAUCAGAUUGAGGGUGGGGUGGGUAUUGAUUUUAGGGGGUUGGUUUUGGGUAUUGAUUUUGGGUCUGUUUGGUUGGGGAGUUUCGGCUGAGCUUCGAGAGCAAUAGAAGGGGUUUUUCUGGUUGAUUUUCGGAGCUGGAAGGGGAUCUCUUCUGGUAUUGAGGCCGGGGUUUCUACUUUUGGAGUUUGAUUUGGGAGUCAUUGUUCUGGGUUUCGGGGAAGGAGAGAGAAGAAAACCGAGCUGAUUCCGGCGAUAUUUCAGCCUCCUUUUGCUAGGUAUUUUCCUGCAACAGAGGAGUCUUUUUGGGGAGGCAGUGAGGGGAAUGAUCUGGGCUUGAUCUCGUGGGUGGGAUCCGUCAGAUCGGACUCCGAUCUGUUACCCAAAAAGCUCCGCCGUGUUUGCUUCUUUUGCCUUUCUGUUUCCGUGACAUGCUUUUGUGAUGUUUACGUUUGUAUAUGUUUAUUGAAAAUCAAUGAAAGAUAAAAAAAAGUUCAGUUC